AUGGACGACGAUAUGUUUGACGUCUUCGAGGGCGGCCCGUCCAAGGACGCUGCUCCCAGGAAGAACAAAAAGCGCCAGGCAAAUGGCGAUGUCAAAUCGCCAAUGCCGGUGGAGGACUCCGCCAUGUCAGACGCGCCCACAGAGCAGCAAGAUGGCACGAGUGAAGCGAAGAAGAAGCAAAAGCGCGAUGCAGAGCCUGAGCCUAUAGUCACGGAUGAUUUCGAGACGGAACAGUCGCGCGAGGUGGCCGCAGCUGCAGGACUACAGGCGCAAUCACAAGAAGGCCAGGCAGUGGUGCUUUCGCAUCAGGUGCGCCAUCAGGUCGCCCUUCCGCCCGACUACGAUUAUGUCCCCAUCAACGAGCACAAGCCUCCGCAGGAGCCGGCCCGCACCUGGCCCUUUACCCUAGAUCCUUUCCAGCAGGUCUCUAUCGCGUCCAUACAGCGUAACGAGAGUGUUUUAGUCUCAGCGCAUACCUCAGCUGGAAAGACAGUGGUAGCAGAAUACGCCAUUGCGCAAUGUCUGAAGAACAACCAGCGAGUCAUCUACACUAGUCCUAUCAAGGCGCUGAGCAACCAAAAGUACCGAGAGUUCAUGGCAGAGUUUGGCGAUGUCGGUCUCAUGACGGGUGAUGUCACCAUUAACCCGACUGCGACCUGUUUGGUCAUGACUACUGAGAUUUUGCGCUCUAUGCUGUACAGAGGUUCCGAGAUCAUGCGCGAGGUAGCCUGGGUCGUAUUCGACGAGGUACAUUACCUGCGCGACCCAGCGAGAGGUGUCGUGUGGGAGGAGACUAUCAUCUUGCUCCCUGACAAGGUCCGCUACGUCUUCCUCUCCGCCACCAUUCCGAACGCCAUGCAGUUUGCAGAAUGGAUCACCAAAAACCACAGCCAGCCAUGCCACGUCGUCUACACCGAUUUUCGCCCGACUCCGCUACAACAUUACUUCUUCCCCGCCGGCGCAGAAGGCAUACACUUGGUAGUGGACGAGAAGGGUGUGUUUCGCGAAGAGAACUUCCAAAAGGCCAUGUCAUCCAUCGCAGACAAGGCCGGCACCGAUUCCAAGGACUUCCUAGCCAAACGCAAGGGCAAGGGCAAGGACAAGAAGACCAACACAGGCGGCAACAAGGACCAGACGGAUAUCUACAAGAUUGUCAAGAUGAUCAUGGUCAAGAGCUACAAUCCAGUCAUUGUCUUCAGCUUCAGCAAGAGGGAAUGCGAGAACUAUGCGCUCGCCAUGAGCUCGCUCGCAUUCAACGACGACUCGGAAAAGGCCAUGGUGACAAAGGUCUUCAACAGCGCCAUCGAGAUGUUGUCAGAGGAGGACCGACAGUUGCCCCAGAUCCAGCACAUCUUGCCCCUGCUCCGAAGAGGUAUCGGUGUUCAUCACUCCGGACUGCUGCCCAUCCUAAAGGAGACGAUUGAGAUUUUGUUCCAGGAGGGUCUGAUCAAAGUGCUGUUUGCGACCGAGACCUUCUCCAUUGGACUCAACAUGCCGGCGAAGACUGUUGUAUUCACCAGUGUGCGCAAGUUUGAUGGAGUAGCUCAACGAUGGGUGACACCUUCCGAGUUCAUUCAGAUGUCUGGUCGUGCUGGACGUCGUGGUCUCGAUGAUCGUGGUAUUGUCAUUAUGAUGAUCAACGAGCAGAUGGAGCCUGCUGUGGCUAAGGAGAUUGUGCGCGGACAACAGGACAACCUGAACUCUGCUUUCCACUUGGGCUACAACAUGAUUCUCAACCUUAUGCGAGUAGAGGGCAUUUCUCCCGAGUUCAUGUUGGAGAGGUGCUUCUUCCAGUUCCAAAGUACAGCUGGUGUCUCUCAUCUGGAAAAACAACUUGAGGAGCUCGAGCACGAAAAGGCAAACACCAACAUUGUCGAUGAGCCGGCUAUCAAGGAGUAUUAUAACCUGCGACAGCAACUCGACGCCCAUACCAAGGACAUGCGCGAUGUCAUCAUGCAGCCGACAUACUGUUUACAAUUUCUGCAGGGUGGCCGCCUAGUCAAGAUCAAGUACAAGGACUUCGACUUUGGCUGGGGCGCGGUAGUAGCGUUCACACCUCGCAAGGGAAACAAGGGCGAAAUUUUCCCGCCUCACGAGUCCUACAUAGUCGAUGUUCUGCUACCGGUUGCGAGCGACACCAAGUUUGCGCCAGCAGUGAAUGACGGAUUGCCCCCUGGCGUCCGGCCACCAACAGCUGGCGACAAGGGCAAGAUGGAGGUUGUUCCUGUGGUGCUAAACUGUAUCGAAUCGAUUGGCCAUCUCCGUGUAUUUUUGCCAAAUGAGCUUAAGUCGGCGGAGCAGAGGAACAAUGUUCGCAAGGCGCUGGCUGAGGUCAAGAAACGUUUCCCAGACGGAAUCGCCAUUCUGGAUCCCAUUGAGAACAUGAACAUCAAGGACGACAGCUUCAAGAAGCUUCUCAGGAGGAUCGAGGUGCUAGAAUCCCGGCUGCUCACAAACCCUCUCCACAACUCGCCGAGGCUACCUGAGCUAUACAGCCAAUACGCACAGAAGAUUGCGAUUGGCGAGAAGAUCAAGAACGUUCGCAAAGAGAUUGCGAAUGCGUUAUCCGUCAUCCAACUGGACGAGCUGAAGAGCAGGAAACGUGUGUUGCGACGACUUGGCUUCAUCGACGAGGCCGAUGUGGUGCAGCUAAAGGCCAGGGUUGCUUGCGAAAUCAGCACAGGUGACGAGCUUGUUCUGAGCGAGCUACUUUUCAACCGUUUCUUCAAUGAACUGACACCUGAGCAGUGCGCGGCCUGUCUCAGCUGUUUCAUCUUCGAAGAAAAGACGCAGGAGGUGCCGGCGCUCAAAGAAGAGCUCGCCAAGCCUUACCGCGAGAUCCAGCAGCAAGCCAGGGUUAUCGCGAAAAUGUCACAGGAGAGCAAGCUCGCGGUCAACGAGGAAGAGUACCUCAAGACAUUCAAGUACGAGCUGAUGGAAGUCGUCUACGCAUGGUCCAAGGGGGCUACCUUUGCUCAAAUCUGCAAAAUGACGGACGUAUACGAGGGCAGUCUUAUUCGCCUCUUUAGACGACUAGAGGAGCUUCUUCGGCAAAUCGCACAAGCGGCCAAAGUCAUGGGCAGCGAAGAGCUCGAGCAGAAGUUCACGGCGUCACUCGAGCUUGUGCGCAGGGAUCUAGUGGCCGCGCAGUCCCUGUAUCUCUAAUGUUUGGAUCGCAGCUCCUCAUCCGCCGCAUACAUGGGGUCUUUGAGUACCGGAAUGGUAAGGGAAAAACACUGUUUGGAGACUUCAAGCCGCCAAGUAUACGUGCAUACCAGGGCUAAUAAUCAUGUGGCUAGCAUUAUGUAAAGAAUGAGGGCGUAUAUUGCGGAGUCUAUGGCAGUUCAAGGUUCGGCAGGUAAGUGCGGGACAGAAAAGGCGUUCUUCUCGAUGCAGCUAGAAGCAUAGCGCCACUCGUCCUGCGCCUGCAGGUGUGUCAGGCGCAUGCAAGGAGCAUUUUGGCGCGGUGCUUCUGAAAAAGAAGUCGCUGAAAGAUGUGUCCUGGAUAGAAAUUUGACUAGAUCUGAUACCGUGGGCGUGUACCAGCCAGCACGGUUGACGAUCCCCC